CCUCCCGCCUCGGGCGCUGACCGAGGAAACCCGCAAAAAGGAGCCCGGUUCGGCCUCGGGCCGCGGCGGCCCCGCGUGCGGCUUGGAGGAGGCCCCAGCUAAAGGGGAAGCGGCGGCGGGAUCCCGUCCGCCGGCUGGAGCGGGAUCGGCCCUCGGUGGGGUGUGCAGCGCUUCGUCCUGGCCAAGGCCUGCUUACCUGCUGAAGUGCAUGUAUUUCAUAUUAUAGCUGAAGUCAAAUGUUCUCUUCUUAAUGUUUUCAUGAAAAUAGGUAGCCAGGCAAAGAGAGACCCCUCAGCGAGGGAAAGACCACAAGAAAAAUGAUGCAAAAUGUGCAUCUGGCUCCUGAGGCUGAUGAAGAUGAUCUUUAUUCUGGCUACAAUGAUUAUAACCCCACGUUUGACACAGAGGAUUUAGAAAAUGAUGUGGCUUUUCAACAGGCAGCAAGAACAAGUCAUGGUAGAAGACCUCCUGUGACAGCCAAAAUUCCUGGUACAUCAGCUUCAAGACCUUUAGCUACUGGAUUUGGGUCGAAGGCAACUUUAACUUCAUCUAUGGGAAGACCAAUGACAGGAGCUAUACAGGAUGGGGUUGCUCGACCAAUGACAGCAGUGCAUGCUGCAGGUUACACUAAGGCCGCUAUGAGAGGUUCUUCAUUUGAUCCUCUUGGCCAAGCAAGGGGUCCUGCUCCACCUCUGGAAAUGAAAAAUUCAGACAGUUCAGAAGAGAAGAUUAGGCAGUUGGAAAAAAAAGUGAAUGAACUGGUUGAAGAAAGCUGCAUUGCCAACAGCUGUGGAGACUUGAAAUUGGCUCUGGAAAAAGCAAAAGAGGCUGGAAGAAAGGAAAGAGUAUUGGUGAGACAACGUGAACAAAUUGCUACCCCAGAAAACAUCAACUUAGACCUCACUUACUCAGUUCUUUUCAAUCUGGCCAGUCAGUAUGCUGCUAAUGAAAUGUAUGCUGAAGCACUGAAUACUUAUCAAGUUAUAGUGAAGAAUAAGAUGUUCAGCAAUGGAGGUAGACUGAAGGUGAAUAUGGGAAAUAUAUAUUUAAAACAACGGAACUAUUCCAAAGCUAUCAAAUUCUACCGUAUGGCUCUAGACCAGAUUCCUAGUGUCCACAAAGAAAUGAGGAUUAAAAUAAUGCAAAAUAUCGGAGUUGCAUUCAUUAAAACCGGCCAAUAUGUUGAUGCCAUUUCUUCAUUUGAACAGAUAAUGAGCAUGUCCCCAAACCUGAAAGCAGGCUUCAACUUGAUCGUAUGUUAUUUUGCUAUUGGAAACACUGAGCAGAUGAAAAAAGCCUUCCAAAAACUGAUUGCAGUUCCCUUGGAAGUGGAUUAUGAUGACAAAUACAUAUCACCAAAUGAUGAUCCACAUACAAAUCUACUGAUUGAAGCCAUUAAAAAUGACAGUUUAAGACAAAUAGAACGUGAGAGGAAAUCCAUGGCAGAGGAAUACAUCAUGACAGCUGCUAAACUCAUUGCACCAGUAAUUGAGACGUCUUUUGCAGUGGGCUAUGACUGGUGUGUUGAGGUAGUAAAAGCUUCCCACUAUGUAGAGUUAGCCAAUGACCUGGAAAUAAAUAAAGCAACUACUUACUUGAGGCAACAGGAUUUUAACCAGGCACUGGAGACUUUAAAAAUGUUUGAAAAAAAGGACAGCAGAGUAAAGAGUGCAGCUGCAACAAACCUUUCCUUCCUUUACUAUUUGGAAAAUGAAUUGGCACAAGCAACUAACUAUGCAGAUUUAGCUGUAAAUUCUGAUAGGUACAAUCCAGCAGCUCUAACUAACAAAGGAAAUACUGUUUUUGCAAAUGGAGACUAUGAAAAAGCAGCGGAGUUUUAUAAGGAAGCUCUCAGGAAUGAUUCCUCAUGCACUGAAGCACUCUAUAAUCUUGGUUUAACAUACAAGAAGUUAAACAGAAUAGAUGAAGCUUUGGAUUGUUUUCUGAAACUCCAUGCGAUCCUUCGAAAUAGUGCCCAAGUCCUUCACCAGAUAGCAAGCAUAUAUGAGAUCAUGGAAGAUCCCAAUCAAGCCAUUGAGUGGCUCCUGCAGUUGAUCAGCAUAGUACCAACUGAUCCACAUGUACUUUCAAAGCUAGGGAAAUUAUAUGAUAAUGAAGGUGAUAAAUCCCAAGCUUUUCAUUAUUACUAUGAGUCAUACCGGUAUUUCCCUUCAAACAUUGAGGUCAUUGAAUGGCUGGGAGCCUACUACAUUGACACCCAGUUUUGUGAAAAAGCCAUUGAGUACUUUGAAAGAGCAGCACUUAUCCUACCGACAGAAGUGAAAUGGCAGCUGAUGGUUGCCAGUUGCUACAGGAGAAGCGGUAAUUACCAGAAAGCACUAGAGAAAUACAAAGUCAUUCACAGAAAAUUCCCAGAGAAUGUUGAAUGCCUCCGAUUUUUAGUUCGUCUCUGCACAGAUAUGGGGCUGAAAGAAGUCCAGGAAUAUGUGACAAAGCUCAAGAAAGUGGAAAAAUUAAAAGAAAUAAGAGAGCAGCGCAUUAAAUCUGGCAGAGAUGGCAGCGCACGUAGCCGCAGAGAAGGAAAUGCUGGUGGUGCUCUCUGAAUGGGGAAUUUUGUACUGGAUGAGAGGGCACUUUUGUACUGACUGAGAGGAGCCGUGCAGUCUCGGACAGGAGCCCAAAGAAGCAGUGUUGAAUUCAGAAGAUGAAAGGCUGAGCACUUUGUAUUCUCCUUGUUACCUGAGCCUGUCCAGAUGAAUUUGGGAAGGAAAUGGCGCAAGAAUAAAUUAGGUACCUUUUUAUCAUUUUCAGUUUCAGCUGUGAUGAUGUCAGUGGCAAAAGGGAUUUGUCCAUUCCAAACAAACAUUCCAUAUUCAAACACCCUUUACCAGCACAUAGGGAUCUCCUCCUAUAAUAUGUAAACAUAGUAUAGAUGUUAGGGCAAUAAGCAUCCCAAAUAAUCUUCACUGUCAGUAAGGCAAGAGUUUCUCUUGUUAUCCUGCAUCUAGGACUUCAUGAUCACUUAUAUU